AUGCUGAUGGAGUGCCUCCAUUCCGACGAGCUCGGCAGCCUUGUUGAGGAGAGAGGCUUCACCGUCGAGAGCAUGGAUGCCAAGCACUGCGCCGUGAAGUUCGGCAGCGACGCGAAGGUCGACAUGCCAGGCCAGGAGGAGGCAGUGGAUGCAGCCAUGGACAAGGCGCUCGACGAGCUUGACACCAGCCAGUGGAACCCGAAGGCCCAAGCAGAACACCAACUGUGGCAGCGGACUCGGGCUUCAGGUUUCAACUUCAACGCGAAUGGGGCCAAGGGGAACCCGAUGGCCAGUCGUUUCAGGCGGGCGUGCGAGAAGGAUCCUGACGGCCUCGGCGCUGACUACAAGGCGAAGGAGGGGGACACUGAUGAGGCCGCGGCGUUCCGUGCCAAGUGGGCCCGCGAGAAGUACGGCAACUACCGCGAGGGCAAGAUCAAGAGGGAGACGUACACCAAGACGUCGUGGAAGCAGGGCCAAUACAUCCCAAUUGGUAGACUUGGACCUCCUUGGUUCUACUACGACAGCGUGACGAAGUCGAUCCGCAUCCUCUAUGUCACCGAGGGCUACAGUGAGGCAUUCGAGCAGGCGUGGAUCAAGUACCAAGAGUGGGCAUCGGACGAUGUGGAGUCUGCGGUCACGAAGAGGCGCCGCCUGGAAGGGCGCAUGGGCACGCAGGCUGAGGGUCCAGCGCUCGCUGCGUCGGCACCCGUGGAGGACAAGGGCAAUGCUGCAGUCGCGGGAGCUGGAGUGGACAAGUCGAAGACCGUCCCCAUCGAGGAGGAAGCACGCACGAGCACGAAGCGGCACGCAAGUAGCAAGGAGACGGGCAGCGGCGCACCUGAGCCAGAGCCUGCAACCAAGAAGCCAAAGAGAGCAACUAAAGGUCAACAUGCUCAGGCUCCACCAGAACCCAGAGCGGCGGACUCGAUCAAGGAGCUCAUGGUUGCCGCCAAGAAGACGAUCAGCAAGUACCAGCAGUGCUUGAGCCAGUGUAUCACGAUCGAGAGGAGCAUCAACAAGGACCCGAAGUGGAAGUGGGGCUCGACCGACAGCGACGCCCAGAAUCUCCUCGCUGACUACGACAAGAUGAACGAGUUCCUGGCCCAGGAGAGCAACGUGAAUCGGCUCAUCACCGAGGACCUCGGCAAGGUGCGCAAGAGCCUCGGCGACCUCGACUUCUCGGCGGCGCUCCAGAAGCUCCAGACAUUGGACGUAAUGGUUCAGGGCCUGAUGACUCUCUCGGGAACGGUGCAGGAGAUCUUUGCUGUGAAGUGCAGCAAGCACUAA